UCAGCAAUACUAUGUUAACGUAUAACUUAAUUAAUUUGAUCUCACUUUUACAUUUUUUUUUACUUAGCCUUUUUAGUUAGGUGGAAUUGGAAUACGUGGUUUCUGUGGUUUGCUAUUCAGGCAUAGUGCGGGGCAUCUACUUACGGAAGAACAACUGGUGAGAGUGGAGUUUAAUGGAUAAGGAAGGGAUAUCUGUCAGCUGAAUAAUAGUGAAGUUUGUCCUGUAGUAUUGUCCCUUCACUGAAGAUCUAUAAUGCCUUUGUUUGCACAAAAUCCCUUCGACCAGGAUGUGGAAAAGGCAACCAGCGAAACUAACACCACUGAUGACUGGGGUCUCAUCAUGGACAUUUGUGACCGCGUCGGGACGACGCCCAAUGGUGCAAAGGACUGUCUCAGGUCAAUAAUGAAGCGCGUCAACCACAAAGUCCCACAUGUGGCCAUGCAAGCACUAACCUUAUUGGGAGCGGCUGUUUCAAACAGUGGCAGGAUCUUCCACCUAGAGAUAUGCUCACGGGAGUUUGCCAGUGAAGUGCGCACUGUGUUGGCGAGGGCCCACCCUAAGGUCGGUGAGAAGUUGAAGGCUCUGAUGGUGGAAUGGGCUGAGGACUUCCAGAAAGAUCCACAGCUCAGCCUCAUCAGCGCCACCAUCAAAUCCCUGAAGGAGGAGGGGGUGACUUUCCCUUCCCACAAUCAGAGCUCCAGUGUGAAGACUAACAGCACCCCUGCCCCCAGCAGAAGCGCUGAUGAGGAUGACCUAGCCAAGGCCAUCGAGCUGUCCCUGCAGGAGCAGAAGGUGGAGACGCGGCCCCUCACCUUCACGGCCGACCCGCCUUACAACGUCAACGGGGGCAAGGAGUCGCGGAAAGUGCGCGCCCUCUACGACUUCGAGGCGGCCGAGGACAACGAGCUCACCUUCAAGUCUGGCGAGCUCAUCAUCAUCUUGGACGACAGCGAUCCGAACUGGUGGAAAGGAGAGAACCACAGAGGAGUCGGCCUCUUCCCCUCCAACUUUGUCACGACUAAUCUAAACGCUGAGCCUGAACCAGCGGCGUAUGCGGAGAGCGGCGGGGCUGCAGCGGCCGCCGCUGUGGAGGAGGAGGAGGAGGCCGGCGUGGAGACCAGAGCCGAGCCGGAGCCCGUGUUUAUAGACGAGGAGAAGAUGGACCGAACCCUGUACUUGCUCCAGAACACAGACCCGGCCAGCACAGACCCCGACAGCCAGGAGCUCGUCCAGUUAGAAGGUGCCUGUGAGCAGAUGAACCCGCUGAUCGAUGAGAAACUGCAGGAGAUUGACAGGAAACACUCCGAGCUCUCAGAGCUCAAUGUGAAGGUGCUGGAGGCCCUUGAGCUCUACAACCAGCUGAUGAACGAGGUGCCCAUGUACUCGCCCUACUCUAAGAUGCAGCAGCCCCACCAGCAACCACACUACCAGCCUUCUGUUCCCAUGCAGGGGUACCCGGGGCAGUUACCAGGCGGCUACAUGCCCGCUGGGGUCCCCCAGGGCCCACCUGCGCCAGGCCAGGCCUACAACAUGAACCCCGACCAGCCCUCUGCCCUCUGCUCCAUGCCCCCUACCGUCAACGGCCCCGCCACCAGCCAGCCCGGACCCCAGCCCCAGUACAUCAGCAGUCACAUGAACCCCCCAUACAUGAACCAAGCUCCUGGAGGCCCUUACCCACCACAAGCGGGUGUGGCCAUGGACAUGUCAGCCUAUCAGAACGCUAGCCACGGCAUGGCAGGCCCCUCCUACUCAAUGGCAGGCCCCACCCACCCUGGCUCCCAGCCCCAGCCGGCGGCCUUCUACCAGCAGCCUCUCCUGUAACGCAGUAACGCAGCGCAAUAAACUUCACACUUCAGCCCGCGCAUAUCCUUGUCCAGUGCAGACACGCCUCCGUAAGUUAGGAUGAAUGUAUAGUCUCUAUAUGGUCUCUCCACUCGGGUCUCUUCUCUCCUUCUACCAACCGUGGCGAUGGCGAGACUUUUUUUUGGUUUUUUUGUUUUGUGAAGGUGAGCGGAAGUCAGGUGUAGAGGACAUAUACCGAGGCACAGCUGUCGGUCGAUAGUGCCCAUGAACGACGUUUUCUCUACAGUCGAAAUCCAAAAAACAAAAGUCUUGAUAUGGACUGUUUGCUGGCUAGCUCGCUAGUGCACUCUCAAUCACUUGGAUGUGUUUGGGAAUAGUUGAAAAACUAUUGAACAAUACCAAAAUACUAGUGCGUGAGCGUGUGCAAGCUAACGUAGCCAACAGUCCCUUUAAGGCAUUUGGAAAACAUCUGGAGUUCAAAGAGGGGUCAGGUAGAUGGCGUGGCGUGGGAUGGGGUGGGGUGGGGGUGCAUCAUCCUUUGGAAGGUUUUUCUUGGCGCUCUCCUGUUCUCGCCCUCAGAUGCUUCAGCUGAAGUACACAGAGGCAGAGGGUUGGUGUUCAGGCAGACGAUUGACCUCAUGUUUUUAUUAUUGUUUUAAUCAUCAUGUAAAGGUUUAUUUAAGUAUCGUUACUCCAUACAGCUCCUGGAUAUGUCCCAAAUAAAUGUCCUGUUUGCUUUAACAUAGAUGAAGCUCUUAUUUUUGUUAAAAAUAUAUAUAUUAUUUCUUUUAUUUGGAGUUCACACUUUUUGAUUAUUUUUCUGAUUUUUCAGAACUCAAAACAAGUAUUUUGUUUGAAUAUAAAAACUAAUAUUUUCUAUUACUACCAAGUUUUGUUAAAAAAUCACAGCAACUUUGUUUUAUUUUUUAUUUUCAUUUCUUUGAUGACUUCAGGUGGCAGUGUGUCUAGUCAUUUCCCACCAAAGUGUACUUGUUCUUUCCCUUUCAGUAAGUGAGAACAUUUUGCUGAUGAUUUGACUUUGACUGGUUUAAACUAACACAAUUUGUAGUAGUUAUUAAUUCCCUUAGCCCUUCGGGCUGCAAAUUUUCUUAUCAGUCACGCUGACAUGAGUGAUCUCCUCCAUUUUGUCCUUUUGUGGCUGACUUUGGGGAUUCUCUUAUGGGGGCUGUAAUGGAAGUCGCUCGGAGGGAGAGAAGGGCCCAGUUGGGCGGCUGUUAGAGGCAUAUAUAGACGGGAAUUCACAAUCUCAUGGCUCACAAUCAAGUGUGCCAACGCACUUGUCCUCCAGGGAAGGUUCCAGAAGCAAUUCAAAUGCCUAUGUUCCGAGGCUUUAUUGUCGUGCAUGUAGGCAAAACCACAGAGACUUCUAUCUAUGUGUGUCAUUCUUGUGUGCUAUAUGUGUAUAAUCUGAUCUGAUAGGUUCUCUCUGAUAGGACUUUUGGAUGUAUGAACGGUGGUCAGUGAGUUUGGCACACGUCACUGGUCUUCAGUGAUGUUUUCUGUAUCAUAACUUGUAUUUUAUCUGGUUUGUUCAUUCAGUUUUUUUUUUUUUUUGGUGGUUUCAUCUAUGUAAUAUAUAUAAUGUAUCUGUAUCUAGGUUUUGGUUUUUACCUUAAUGUUGCCGCAUUGCAACACUUCAACCAAAUCAACUCGACCAGUGUAAAUGGCAACCAGUUGUUCUGAUUCACAGAUUAAAAUCAGUUGAUUCGGAUUAAAAUCACUAGUGCAUUAAGUGCACUAUUCAGGGGUUCUACUUCUCUUUUAAGUGGGUCAAAAAUAUUUGUUGAUUGGAAUAUUUUUUUUCCAUGAUUUCAUGGAUAUAUUUUAGGACCGACACAUUUGGGAAAUUACACAUUUUCUUCAGUCCAGCUGGAUAAGAUUAUAUUAUGAUAACAAAGUAAGAACCAUCUUUAUUUUCAUAACCUGCCUCUUUGUAAGGUGUUGUAUAAUAGAUGUAAAAUAUCUGGGAUUAUCUUUAUUGCACCUUAACUUUAUAAAUAAUGAUUUACCACCGAAUGCCUUGUUUUCAUGAUGGAUGGAAUGAGACAGACUAAUUCAAAGGAAUUCACUCUUGAAAGCUGCUGUAAACCAAUAAUUCUAUACUAUAAAAAUUUGUCACAGAAAAAAAAAACGUGUUGAUGGGGUCCAGUCCGUUUAAAGCAAGAUCACUUUUGUAAUAUCAUUCUUCCUCUAUUUCCUGCAUUUGUCAUUUUUAAAGUUAGUUUUGUAACACAAUUUACGCUUUCAAAAUAAAAGGAAAGAUGGCAUGUGUUUCAAAAA